GGGUGGUUACACACCGGCGGGGUCCUGGUGCUGCAACAGUCCGACUUGUUUGGGUGCUGCAAUAGUUCGACUACUUUAUGGGUCUAGGAUUGUAAGAUCAGUAGGUCUGGCCGGUAUUGAUCUAAACAUAGACUGAGCUCGGUUCAUAGUCAGGCUGAAUCCGAACCGGUGCCAGGCAAAAUCCAGGCGAGACCGAGCUUUAUCCAGACCAAGCAAACGGGAGCUAGGCCUGCAUCUCAGUCUGACUCUCGGGACGGGACCAGUGCAAGAGCCUCUCUGACUCUCGGACGCAGGCAAGAUGAGCAAGGAAGGUAGAUUUCGAAAGAGAAAGCAUGACAACCUGCAGCCUCGAAAUCAAAAAGAGGAAGGACAGAGUAAAGUAAACCCAUUGUCACCUGUGCUGUUAUCUUUUGAGUCUUUUCAAAAAGAACUUGAUGCAAAGCAUGAUAAACACGAGAGGCUGGUUAAACUCAGUCGGGAUGUUACCAUUGACAGCAAACGCACUAUUUUUCUUCUUCACAGGGUAAUCAGUGUUGGUGAUGUUGGUGAAUUACUGAGUGAAUCUGAGAUAAAGUUCGCUGAUAUUAGAUUAAAGAUCCAGCAGAUUGCUCAAGAACUAAUUGGUGAAGAUGUGUGCCAAUUUCAUCGAGCAUUUUCUCCAGGUUUACAGGAGUAUGUGGAAGCUGUUUCAUUUCAACACUUCAUAAAGACUCGAACUCUGAUUAGCCUUGAUGAGAUCAAUAAGCAAUUAAUCUUCCCUCCAAAGGCAGGGGAAGCAGAGCAUACUGAGGACUCAACCCUGUCGUGUUCUCAAGAUCAAAAACAAGAACAGCAACCUCUCUCUCUGCAAGUGACUCCCACAGACUACCUCUUGGGUAUUGCAGAUCUGACUGGAGAAUUGAUGCGCUUGUGUAUCACCAGUGUAGGAAAUGGAGAUACUGAAACACCCUUUGAAGUAAGCCAGUUUCUACGUGCUGUCUACGAUGGGUUUACCUACAUAGGCAAUACCGGACCAUAUGAAGUUUCCAAGAAGCUUUACACAUUGAAACAAAGUUUAGGGAAAGUAGAAGAUGCCUGUUACAUGUUGACUGUGAGGGGCUCUGAAAUUCCAAAACAUGUGCUUGCUGAUGUUCUGAGUUCUAAAUCAUCCAUGAUUGAACAUGUGGAAGGUGUAUAGUUAAUGAAAUAUUUCAUGAGAGCACUUCGGUCUUUUGAUAUAUGCAAAUUAGUGAAUUAGCUUGAUAUAAUACAAAUAUAGUAAUAUGAAUUUGUUUCACAUGAAUUGCAACCACUGUUAUGAAAUGUGUUUGUACUACUUCAAAACAUAUUUGGUUGUAAUCUGUGCACAGGAACUAGGGAUUUUUUAUUCCAACAGAUUUCAAAAAAAGUUUAAUGUGAUGUUUGAAACAGAAGUUUUAUUCCGUCAAAGGCUGCACAUUUUAUAUGUAUUUUCAGUAAAAAAAAAUCUAUGAAUAUGACAGAACAAUAUUGUUUCUUUAAAUGGUGGUUGGCCAUCAUAUCUGACAAUGACAGUAAACCUAAUUAUUUAAGUAGAUCAUUGAUUAAUAACCCAAUUUUAUAAAGUUUCACCACUAUAUCCUGGCUACCUUAUUGAAUGCUUUCAUUUUAAAUGCUACACCCUUUUAUGUUUUUGAGGUGUAAAGUUUUGUUCAUAACUCAAAGUUCCACCUGACUGCUGAAGAUUAAUUUCUGUUGAAUGGGCUUCCAAUGUUUAUGCCAAUAGAACAUAUUCUUUGCGUUUUUUUGCAUUAUUUUGACCAGAUAGCUACAAAAUGCACUCUUGAUAUAAAACUAAACUAUGGUUAUUUUUACUUCUGGGUUUGAACUUCUUUUUGUAUAAAAGAUGGAUUUACCUUGGAUUGUCAUUGUAAAUAGGUAACAGCUUAAUUUACAAUAUUUUUGCAGGAAACUGUUCUUCCACACUUAUUUACCCAAAAAUAAAUUCAUUUGACUACUCUAAAAGAGAAGACUCCUGAGUUUUCAUUUCCCCAACUAAAUGAAAAAACAAGGCAUUACCCAGUAAGGUAAUGUUAAGUCUCUAAAAAUGUUAUGGUUUUAAACUCAGAACAGUACUUAAAGAAAACAAAAAUAGUGUAUACAAUAAAGGCUGGACCAUUGAGCACACCUACAUGGGGCACUGUCACAGGAAAGCGGCAUUCAUUAUGAAAGACCCUCACAUUCCAGGCCGUGCUUUCUUGCUGCUGCCAUCGGGAAGGAGGCAUAGGAGCUUGGGACCCACAUCACCAGCAUAUGUUGUGAAAUUUGUUAACUUUGUGGCAGCAGUACAAUGCAAUACAUGAGAAAUCCAGAAAAAAACUGAAUUACAAUAAUCAUAUAUUAAAUAUUUAUAUUAAAUAGUUAAGUUAACAGUAGUGCAAAAAACAGAAAUAAAUGAUUAAAAAAAAAAGUAGUGAGGUGGUGUUCAUGGGUUCAGUGUCCAUUUAGAAAUUGGGUGAUAGAGGGGAAGAAACUGUUCUUGAAUCACUGAGUGGGUGCCUUUAGGCUUCUGUAUCUCCUUCCGGACAGUAACAAUAAGAGGGCAUGUGCUGGGUGGUGGGGAUCCUUAAUGAUGGAUGCCGCCUUCCUGAGGCACUGCUCCUUGGAGAUGGCUUGGAUACUAUGGAGGUUAGUACUCAGAAUUCAGAAUCAGGUUUAUUAUCAGUGGCAUGUGACAUAAAAUUUGUUAACCUAGCAGCAGCAGUUCAAUACAAUACAUAAUCUAGCAGAGAAAUAAUAAUAAUAAAUAAAAUAAAACAUAAUAAAUAAACAAGUAAAUCAAUGAUGUAUGUUGAAUAGAUUUUUUUAAAAUGUGCAAAUACUAUAUAUUUUUUAAAAAAGUGAGGCAGUGUCCAAAGCUUCAAUGUCCAUUUAGGAAUCAGAUGGCAGAGGGGAAGAAGCUGUUCCUGAAUUGCUGAGUGUGUGCCUUCAGGCUUCUGUACCUCCUACCUGAUGGUACCAGUGUUAAAAGGGCAUGCCUUGGGUGCUGGAGGUCCUUAAUAAUGAACACUACCUUUCUGAGACACCACUCCCUAAAGAUGUCCUGGGUACUUUAUAGGCUAGUACCCAAGAUGGAGCUGACUAGAUUUACAACCUUCUGCAGCUUCUCUUGGUCCUGUGCAGUAGCCCCUCCAUACCAGACAGUGAUGCAGCCUGUCAGAAUGCUCUCCACAGUACAACGAUAGAAGUUUUUGAGUGUAUUUGUUGACAUGCCAAAUGUCUUCAAACUCCUAAUGAAGUAUAGCCACUGUCUUGCCUUCUGUAUAGUUACAUCAAUAUGUUGCAACCAGGUUUGGUCUUCAGAGAUAUUGACACCCAGGAACUUGAAGCUGCUCACUCUCUCCACUUCUGAUCCUUCCAUAAGGAUUAGUUUGUGUUCCAUCAUUCUACCCUUUCUGAAGUCCACAAUCAACUCUUUGGUCUUACUAACGUUGAGUGCAAGGUUGUUGCCUCAAUUCCAGCUAAUUAGCUGGUAUAUCUCGCUCCUGUAUGCCCUCUCAGCACCAUCUUAGAUUCUGCCAACAAUGGUUGUAUCAUCGGCAAAUGUAUAUAUGGCAUUUGAGCCAUGCAUAGCCACACAGUCAUGGGUGUAGAGAGAGUGGAGCAAUAGGCUAAGCACACAUCCCUUUGGUGUACCAGUAUUGAUUAUCAGCGAGGUGGAGAUGUUAUUUCCAAUCCACACAUUCCGGUUAGGAAGUCGAGGAUUCAGUUCGAUGAUCAGUCUAUUGAACCAGAGGGGAUAAAUUCACUCAACUUCACUCACCCCAACUCUGAACUGUUCCCACAACCUGUAGACUCUUCAUCUCACAUUCUCGAUAUUUAUGACUUACUUACUUAUUAUUUCUCUUUGUACUUACUGUGAAAGCCUGCAAGAAAAUGAAUCUCAGGGUUGAUCACAGAUACCCCUCACUCUGGCUUCAAGCAGACUUCAAUCAUACCAGUGUCUAAGAAGAGCAUGGUAACCUACCUCAAUGACUGUUGCCCAGUGGCGCUUACAUCCACAGUUUUGAAGUACUUUGAGAGGCUGGUGUUGAAACAUAUCAGUCCCUGUCUGAGUGGCGACUUGGAUCCACUCCAGUUUGCCAACCAAAACAACAGGUCCACAGCAGAUGCCAUCUCAUUGGCUCUUCACACAACCCUGGAACAUCUGGGCAGCAAAAGUGCAUACAUCUGGAUGCUUUUUAUUGAUUACAGCUCAGCAUUUAUACCAUUAUCCACAACAUGAACCUCAAUACCCCUUUGUGCAAUUUUAUCCUGGAUUUCCUCACUUGCAGACCCCAGUCAGUUCGGAUUGGCAAAAAUAUCUCCUCCACGAUCUCCAUCAGCAAAGGUGCACCACAGGAAUGUGCGCUUAGCUCCCUGCUCUACUCGCUCUACUCGUUGUGGCUAAGUACAGCUCCAACACCAUAAACAAGUUCGCUGAUGACACCACUGUUGUGGGUCGUAUCAAAAGGGGUGAUGAAUCAGCAUACAGGAAGAGAUUGAAAAUUUGGCUGAGUGGUGUAAUAACAACUUUUCACUCAAUGUCAACAAGACCAAGGAACCAAAAACCACAAACACGAGGAAAUCUGCAGAUGCUGGAAUUUCAAGCAACACACAUAAAAAUUGCUGGUGAACGCAG